UUUUAUUAUCACACACAAACUUGUGUCGUCACUCGCCAGUGGAAUAGAGAGGAAGAUACCGCAGUUGAGUUGAGCGGGAGAGAAUGGUCUGCACUUCCUCUUUCCAACCGCGCCUCAUCUCUUCCUUCAUUGGGGAUCGUUUCAUUCGCUCAGCACAGCCUCUUCGCCAUCUGUUUGGCUACAAUCCAGGAUCCAAGCAUGUCUCUAUGCAGUUGCCAAGGACAUUUUCUGGCUUAGCUGAUAUGUUAUUCAAUAAGGGAAAGCAGAAUGACUUACAAAAUGGUAGGCGGAAACGUCUACGCCCUGGAAAGGUGUCUCCUCGUCGGCCUGUUCCAAACCAUAUACAAAGGCCUCCGUAUGUUAAUUCACGGCAGCCACCUGGAAUUGCAAGUGGACCUGAAGUGCAUAAUGAGAAGGGGAUAGAGUGCAUGAGAGCUUCUGGAAGGCUUGCAGCACAGGUUUUGGAGUAUGCUGGGACUCUGGUCAAGCCAGGCACAAAGACAGAUGAAAUUGAUGAGGCUGUUCACCAAAUGAUUAUUGAUAAUGGAGCAUAUCCUUCCCCUCUUGGCUAUGGGGGCUUUCCUAAGAGUGUCUGCACAUCAGUGAAUGAAUGCAUUUGCCAUGGGAUACCAGACUCCCAUGCCCUCGAGGAUGGUGACAUAAUCAAUAUUGACGUUACUGUUUAUUUAAAUGGUUAUCAUGGUGACACAUCAGCAACUUUCUUUUGUGGAAAUGUUGAUGACGAAGCUAAGAACUUAGUUCAGGUGACAAAGGAAUGUCUAUACAAGGCAAUAUCAAUAUGUGCACCAGGAGUGGAGUUCAAGAAAAUAGGAAAAACAAUACAUGAUCAUGCAGAUAAAUAUCGCUAUGGUGUUGUUCGACAAUUUGUUGGCCAUGGAGUGGGACAGGUUUUCCAUGCUGAUCCUGUUAUUCUACAUUAUAGAAAUAAUGAUGGUGGGCGAAUGGUGUUGGGUCAGACGUUUACAAUUGAACCGAUGUUGACAAUGGGUAGCAUUAAUCCCAUUAUGUGGUCUGAUAACUGGACAGUUGUUACAGAAGAUGGAAGUCUAUCUGCACAAUUUGAGCAUACCAUACUAAUUACGGAAAAUGGAGCUGAGAUAUUGACCCAAUGUUAAAAAAAGGCAUUACAAGUAUUCAUGGUUAAAUUAUCAAGGGCCCUGGAGUCUGUACCAUAAUUAUAUGAUUACACAAUCUGAUUUUAGUUAAUUUAUUUCCCUAGAGACUAAUCAUUGUUAGGAUUAGUGAUUAAUUGGUGUAAAUUCUCCUUGGGCAUAAUUGAAAACUGUCUCAUUAUAAUGUUCAUUAUUAACUAUUUGUCCAA